AUUUACGCCAUGGACGAGGUCAAUUUCCUACCUGGAGUGAGCCGAAAAGUACGGGUUAUAGGAAGGCGAGGGGUGAAGAACACAUACCAAAUGUCGGGCGGCGAACGAACAAGUCUCACGGUCAUGGCACCCAUCUGUGCAGACGGCUCGUAUCUUUUCCCAACUGUCAUCUUCAAGGGGAAAGGUAUGCUGAAGAAAUGGAGAGAGAAUAAUCCUCUCCCUGCCCAGGGCUACACAAACAAUCUUCUCACACGUUCGUGGAUCGAACAUUUCGACAAGGAUACACAGGAUAAAGAUCCUGGGGCCAAGCGGGUUUUGGUCUUCGAUGUGCACCGAACACACUACAACCUUCCGCUUCUCACCUACUCUAUCGACCACAAUAUCUCAAUCCUUGGUUAUACUCCUAAGACCACCGCACUCUGCCAAACUCAGGACGUCGUACUCUUCAGUCCCUUAAAGACCGCAUACGAUGAUGUGCGAGUUCGCUGGAAGGACGUGCACAAGCAGUCUGUGCGGGUAGAAAAUUUCCUCGAGAUAUAUGCCACUGCGCACCGGGCAACGUUCACGAAGGACAAUAUUCUCGAGGCGUUCAAGAAGACUGGGCUUGUUCCCUUCAACCCAGACGUGAUUCCUGAGAGUGCUAUGGCGCCAAGCAAGGAGCUCUCCAUCCACGGAGGAUUUCCUGUCCAGCCUCCUGCUCCAGUUAGAGCA